AUGGAUAUGCCACAUACUUUGUACAAGUUUUAUUCAACAAAGUCAACGCAAACUGAACAAAAUGGUGUAUCAGAAACAACUCAGACUGAUUUAGCAACGACUGAGAUUGCUGUUCAAACAGAUUCGACUGACCAGAAUGAUUGGAGAUCUGAAAACCCAUUGAAAAGGAAGUUAUUUGUAACAAUAAAUGAAUAUGAUCCUAAAGCGUUAAAACUGGAACAAAAUGAUUCUUCUACAGAUAUGGAAUUGGAUACAGAAAAUAUGGAUUCAGAAAUAGAUGUUCAGAUGACUAUUAAAUUAGACUCUGACCAAAAUUUUACAAACAAUUCUAUAUUUGAUAUAACAUGUCAACCUGAUAUUUCUAACAUAGUCACAGAAAAGCAAGAUAAGAAGAAAAAAUUGGCAAAAACUGUGAAGAAAACAAAAAAGAAGGAUGUUAAAAAAGCAACAAAAACAUCGAAGAAAUCUAAGAAGGGGAAAAGUAAGAAAAAAGUAACCCAAGCAGAAGAGAGCGAUGAUUCUAUUGCAGAUUCUGAAUGUUUGGACUAUGAUACUAGAAUGGCUAACAGGUUAGAAGAAUCAAUACGUCGUGUACAAAACCAAUGGAGGAUUCACGAAAAGAAAUACAGGAAAGAUGGAACCAAUGACAGUGAUUCAACUGAAGCCGAUGUAGAAACCAUACAAGAGAAAAUCAAACAAGGACGUUCAUAUGGGAAUGAAUUAAAAUUUCUCUCAUUAAAUUUAUUUUAUUCGAACCCUAAUGCUUAUAAAGCUUUGAGACAACAAUUGAAUCUGCCGACAGAGAAAACUUUAAGAAGAAUCGAGGUUGGAGUUACAACAAAACUAACAGAUACCGUAAUUGGCUGUUUGAAAUUAAUGCUAAGUAAAAUGAAAGAAGAAGAAACCUACUGUGUUGUCUGUACAAGUAUUAUACCAUUAAGGGAAGAAAUACACAAAAUUGCCAAUACAAAUAAAAGUAUAGGCAAUCAUGAAAUUAAUGAAAUACAAAGCCCGGAACCUGCUACAUAUUGUUUAGUAGUUUUACUAAGAGGUCUUUAUUGUGAUUGGAAACAACCGUUAAUAUCUUGUUUUUUGAAAGAAAACUUCAAUUAUAAUGAAGUGAACAAAUGGCUUGAUGAUAUUAUAGAAACUCUAUUGAGUAUUGGGCUGAAAAUUGUAGCGUUCUCCACAACAGAGCAAGAACACUUGCUAAAUAUGGCAAAGGAAAGAAAUAUCUCGUUUGAACAGCCAUAUUUCUUUGUCAACAACCAUAAAAUAUAUUUCAUAUUCGAUGUUAUACAUCUCAUGCAUUCAUUCAGGAAUUUGUUAAUAAACAAUUUCUUUAGAUUUAUUGAUAUUGAUGGCACCGAAAUGCUUGCCUCUUGGUUUGAUAUAGAAAAACUAUACGAGACAGAUAAAACAAGGUUUUGUAAAUUGGCUCCAAAGCUGACUGAAAGUCACAUAAGACCGAAUGAUUUAGAAAAGACACGAAUACAAUAUUCAACACAAGUGUUUAGUAAAACUGUAGCAUUCGGAGUCAUGAGUUGUAUUGAACAGAAGCAUUUGACAAACCGAAGUUUUGGUACGGUUAAAUUUGUAGAACUAUUGAAUGAUUCAUUUGAUAUAUUAAACUCUGUGGAAGGCCAGGAAGACCGAUUUAAGGUUCCAUUUAGUUUUAAAGAAUUUCAAAUUGCUACUUUGGACAAAAUGGUAAAUAUAUUAUCCAAUUUGAAGAUAAUAACUAAAAACUACGAAGAUGUUACUAAUACUGUAGAAACGAUGCGAUGCUUUGAAAUUUCAAUACGGUCUAUUUUAAGUCUAGCGUCGGAUAUGAAACAUUUUGGCUACGAGUACUUAUGUACGAGAAACCUGAAUACAGAGCAAUUGGACGUAUUUUUUGAAUCUAUGAGAAAAAAAUGGGGUGUAAAGACGUCAGCGUGCCUCUUCUAUGCGGGAUUUAGAAACUUCUUCCUCGAAAAUGUUAUAAAGAAAUCCGAAUCGCAUAGUUCUUGCGGUUUGGACAAAGACUUGAUUGCAGUUUUGCUUAAAGAUAACAAUAGUAGCAAAGAACAGCCGAAGGAAGCUCCUAUGGAUAACAAAGAAAAGGAUUUCAAUCCAUUUUACAAGUAUUUAUAGAAUAGGGAUAAUCUUCACGAUGUGUCGUUAAUCAUUUGUAAAAACUAUACUGGACCCUGAAGUUUGACCUUAUUGUCAUUUACGAUGAACUGGAUAGAAAAUUAUACAUGCAUUUUUAUUAGAGUGGCAUCAUCCAUCAAGUUGAAGUCACUUAGUGAUCUUAGCCUUAAGCUCGGAGUUUCUUUGAAAGAUCUUAUUCGUGAUGAGAUUGUCCGUCAGAGAACCAGGAUGAUGAUGACUUAGGGCCUAUGAAGCCCUUCAUCAAUGCAACCAGAUCCAUUGGGAUCACUAUUAAUUGCGACGCUGAGCCACGACCAACUGAAUUAAACAGCUGGAAGAUGAUCCUGCCUUCGAUUUUCUUGGUUUCUGGUUGGGGCAGAUGCUUGCUUAGGAGUGUGUUUCAAGUCCAAGCACCUGCAGUCUCUAACCUGAAAAACGGUUUUUGUCAUACAUCAUCUCCGGUUUUGUAUUGAUCAAGGGCAAGAUACGGUUUUAUUAGGAAACUUGAAACGUGUUCAUGAAACCAUCGUAAUUUUUCUUCGAUUUUCGCGAUAUUUUGGCUCCGAUGAGACUUGAAACUUUUGUUUCGAGUAAAUGAGUAUCAAAAUUUCUUUUUCAAGUCGUGUCGUCACGGGAAACUACCAAGUGUGUGAGCCCGUCGCGAUAUAAAGCACUAGUGUUAAUUUGAACUGGUCGUUUCGUUGGUUUGUUGACUUAAUCAGUGUAUCAUGAGACGCUGCUUUACCAGCUGAUUUAUGUAAAUUGAUUUCUGUUACAUUUUGUAAAUAUAAUGUAAAUUUAAUAAAUUUUCUAAGUACAUAUACUCCGUUCCAACAAAAUCAACUGAAAAUAUUUUAAAAACAAAUUUAGCUUUAUGGUUAGAAUUAUCCUUCUCGUAAGUAGUAUUGAGUUCAAUUGAAGUCUGAGGUUUGAGGUCUGAGGUUGACUAGCGUGAAACCGCUAGAAUAAAUCAUCUGUUUCAUAAAAGAUUAGUUUUUUGCGAGUUUCGAGCUUGGUCUCAUAAAAAAAUGAAUUUACUUCAUGUUCUCGACCGUAAAUUGUAAGACUGGAUGAG